GGAAAAGUAUGCAUUCUGCGAGGCUGCCAGCUGGGCUUAUCAGAAAAGUGACUGGAAAACUGUUUUGAUUUCCUGUUUUUGGCGAAAACUUGAUUUUAUGGAUAAUUCAGCUCUUAAUACAGCUCACAGAUACGCAAGAAGGGCGGAGGCUCAUUUCUGCUACAAGCGCUUCGAUGAGGCCAUUGAUUGCCACAAGCAAGUGAUCGAGCAGCUCCACAAUGCCAUUCGCCUAGCCACCGUAGACAAGAGCGUGGUGUCCCUGCAGUUGCAGCGAGAGUACCACACGAAGCAGAUCGAGUUCCUGGCAAUGAGGAAGGCGCAGUUCGAGAAGUAUCGGAAGGCCAUCGAGCAGGAGAAGGGAUCUGAGUUCUGGGAGCAGAAGGAAAAGACGCGCUCGAUCCAGACGGAGCUCUUCAAGGCCCUCGAGAGCUCAGAUGGUUUACUUGCGAGUCUCUUGGCGAAGACACAACAGCCUUCCGAACAGAAUCAGCCUGAGAAUUUAGCUGAGACUCUUCGGGAGUUGCAGUCCUUCAACAAACACAUCCACACUAUGAGUCACAUGCUGGCCGAGCAGCUGGACGGCUGCAUAAUCGAUGCUGAUGUCUUACGGGAGAAGAUCAGGGCAGAGAUGGCACCCAAAGAUGACGAAUCUGACGACAAGGAAGUCGCCAGCGUGAAGUCGACAUCGCCAGACAAGACAGAGUACAAGGCUGUGGAGUCUCUGGACAACAUCCUGCAAGAUAUCAACGAUAUCCAGGAGAUCCCCACGCUUCCACCCCUGCAGCUGCCCACCUUUGACUAUUCCACCUUCAGCGAUUCCGGGAGCAGCGCCAAGGCGAACUGAGAUUUCUGACACUGGCAGGAGUUUGUAAUAGCUAAGUAAUAUUUAAAAACAAUGAGAUAAGUUUUUGAUUUGAAAUGACUUACUUAAAACUAUGAAAUUUUCAGAAUAAAAGUGUUUUUGAAA